AUGAAUCAAUUGCCAAAUAGUCUCUUUUCCUUGAAUGUGUUCGAUGGAUACGUUGGUCGGACAGGUUCACAUGAAGAAAAAGCGCUUGAAAGUAUAGAUGAUCUUGUUACAUGGUUAGAUCAACAACCACCAUUAGGAACACAACUGAAUGAUCCUCUAACAACGUUCCUUGGAGAUGCUUCAAUGUCGCUAUCAACAUUGCUCCACAUUGAUCGUCUAACAGACCAGCCAGAAUUUGAUUCCAUCGCAGUUGAUCUUCAGGUUGAAACGCAAUUUGCUGAAUAUCAACAGAGAAAUCAGGACCCAAUCAUUGGCAUAGAUUUUGAAGAAAACCUUUAUCCAGAUGUUACUUUUGGAUCAACUGUAACAAACCACAUGAUACCUGAUAUUAAUGCACAACUUACAUUCGAUUAUGAUCCAUCAACUUUGCCAGUUUCCACAAAAAAAUCGCGAAAGAAAUGUCAAGAUCGAAAAUCAACUGAAUUGGGAUAUAUAAAUCUAGAUGAAUGGUUUUUUAUAGAUGAAUCCAGUGGACAACGAUGUCGACCAAAAUUAUUACAUCAAUUUUUUCGACGAUUGCUGGAUAAUAAAGAUUAUGUUCAUAUUGCUGCGUAUGUUGACAAAAAGCAAGGCAUUUUUAAACUCUAUGAUGGAGAAGCUGUCGCCAAAGUAUGGCAGAUUGUCAAGGGUCGCAAGUCCAAAUCAGUGAUGACUUACGAUUCAUUAGCUCGAGGCAUCCGUUAUUGCUAUAAGCAGAAAAGUCUUCUUAAAAAUCCUAAUCAUUUUACUUUUCAAUUUGGUCCAGCAUCAGGUUUUGGAACAUCAUGGUUACCUGCUUAG